CGGGGACUGCAUGCGCGUAUUGUUGCCUUUUUGUCCGCCGAUUUUUCGAUGGGUUCGCCCAGCAGGAUAUCGUUUUCAUGGUCCCGGCGAAACAAAUCAAGUCUUUUUUUCAGUUUGUUUAGGCCGGCUUCCCGCGUGAUACGCAGACGUCGCCUUUCGAGUCCAUUCACCCUUCCCCUCCCGUUGUUUUCCAGGCAGUCCUCCGGUACACACUGUGAAUUCUCGUCCCUGACGCAUUUUCUGUGUUUCAUCUCUGAAUUCAGCACAGAUGGACUUAUCCCCAGAAACCAGAGCCAGCAUGUGUUAAAAUCCAGUGCGCCCGUGUUGGAAAAGGACACUCUGCAAACUCCCCCAAGUUUACAGGCACGCAACCGGGCGCCGUCGGCUGAUGUUUGUGGGCCAUAACUGUUUCCGCUCCGUCAGAACGACAUUUUCUCCGUAAAGGGAGUCUUCGUGGGGCUUUCUCGUGGCCGUGUCUGUUUCGUCUCCAUCACGUUUGCCACUUAAAAUGUUUGCCCGGGCCUUCUCCCGCUUCGCGAGCCUUGCCGCUCCGGCUCCCCAGCGAGGGUGGAACGCGUUCGUUCUGCCCUCUCGUCACUUUGCUACAGCAGCCGGAGGCGCGAAUCCGUUUAAAAAUCAACUUCUUCUGACGCUCAGCUCUCCCUCGGAGGCUAUCUAUGUUAGAACGCCCGUCCGAUCCGUAACUGUUCCCGGAAGCGAGGGAGCUAUGACCAUGACAAACGGGCAUUCGCAGACUGUUGCCCGCCUGAAGGCCGGCGAAAUCAUUGUCAGGAAAGGCGAAACUGGAGACGAAGUCGAGAGAUUUUUCCUCAGCGAUGGCUUCGUCCUCUUCAAAAGUCCCGAGGACGACAGCGGAUGCUGCACAGCCGAGGUUCUGGGUGUCGAGGUCGUCCCCGUCAGCAUGCUCGACAAAGAGAGCGCGGCAACGGCUCUCCAAGAGCUCCUUCAGCAGGGUGCUGGUGCGACAGACGAAUGGACCAAGGCGCGAACGCUCCUAGGGCAAGAACUGCUGUCCUCCGUCAUUCGUGCAGCUCCGUAACCACUGGUCAAAACGCUGGAGCUCGUCCAAACAGCAGUCCCUCUAGAAGGAAAUGUCUUCAUUGUCUAAACUCUGUCCGAGCCUCCGUUCUGGAACUUACUUGCAAUUCCUUUGAAUAACACUGAUUGCAUAACAAUUUGCCAUCGAUCCUGGUGGAUUUCCUUCUUUACGUACGAAACGCGAGACUUCGAACUGCAGCUCCCCGGGCUCGGUCACGUGCUUUCCACUGC